AGUCUGUCACUGAGAAAGUCAUGGAUAGAAAUUGAAAAGUUAGACAGACAGACAGACCCUUGAAUGAAACAUCUUUGCCUCGAAUUCCAACCGCAUCAUCAAUGCUCCCCGUCAAUAUUCAUCAAGAUUUCCCCUAAGACUGAAAAUAAGAUUGAGCCUGACAGCCGAGACCAAUGCUGAUGACAUUUCUGAGUGGUGUGUACCUGCUUAAGGUGUUUCUCCAGGGUGGUCCUGGUGAGACGAUGGAAGAGAAGAAGAUGGAACCGUCUAAACCUCCACCAUGUCCCAGCUGGACCACGCAAGAAGAGCUUGAUGGCAUGGCCCUUGAUAUCUAUGACAUCAUCCGAGACAUCCAAGACCCCGAGAAACCAAACACCCUUGAAGAGUUGGAGGUGGUCUACGAGGACGGAGUCACUGUAGCAGCACUUGAGACAGAGGAACAGGGUCAUGUGAUCAAUCUUGAAUUCACUCCAACCGUUCCACACUGCUCCUUGGCGACAUUGAUUGGUCUUUGUCUCAGAGUCAGGUUGGACAGAAGUCUUCCAAGUAAACACAAGAUUGACAUCAUUGUCAAAAAGGGAACACAUGCAACUGAGGAAGAAAUUAACAAACAAAUCAACGACAAGGAGAGAAUAGCAGCAGCCAUGGAGAAUCCCAACCUCCGGAAACUUGUUGAAAAGUGUGUAAGCAUCGAGGAUUAUUGAAGAGAGACCUUGGGCUACAAUUGAAACUCUAGAAUUGCAGGUUUAAGAGCGGUGGUUGAAUUAAGUAGGCGCGUUCGAGUGUUCUGUAGAAACGUAUUGUACCUUGCUAGAAGCGUGUAGAGGUGAACCACCUUCUGACCUGGUCUGAAGCGUACCGAAGCAAACCGUGGCUUGAUGAUGGUGUUAACUCAGGCUGACCUUCACCUUACUAUAUCAGAGUGGCAAGUCAACAAUAUAAAAUGAAAUCAGGGAACGUAGCGAGGUGUAGAGAUUGAUGCCCCCGAGAUAAGCGGAUCUGGAUGCUUUCAAAAUGAACCAUACUGCUUGUACGAUAAGGUACAGUUUUCUUCAAAAAGCUCAUGAAUAUCAUGAAUGUAAGAACAGUGUCCCUUUUGAGCACGAAACUCUUUGACAUCUUCGGAAGGUGGUUUCAGCAGGGUAGAAGCACCGUAGCAGCUGUUUCUGAUCAAAAUAGGUGAUUAAAGAUUGAUCCAAAUUGCAUUUUUGAUUGUGGAAUUGUGGAUCUAGUACAUGACGGGUUUGUUGGAAUGAAUUGGAUACAUUUUUUGCAGGAUUAACCAAAUGUUGUGUCUAUGACAAGAUGUACCCAUGCCAUUAUACAGUGCAUCUCAGAAAAAAAGGAAACCAGGAUUACCACUUCUUUUUUUCUUCAAAGGCAAAUUAAUUAAGAUAUUUCAUUUACAUAAUCAUCUAAUUCAAUUAUUCCUCUACAUUUCGAUAUCUAAUGUGUGACAAACAGCUCACGCAUUAAUGAGCAAGACGAGUUUGAAAUUUUAAUGUAAAAAUUUAAUGUCAAAAGCAGGUCGUGCAGAAAAGUUUAACAAGAUUAGUUUGUGGUACAUCAACUGUGCUUAUUCAACAAUUGACUCAUUAGCAUUUCUUUGUAUUCUUUAAGUUUCUCUAACAGAUCCCUGAAAAUGCAAAUCGUUUCUGAUAGGCCUCAAUAUUCAUUGUUUUUAUUUUGCCAUUCGUGAAUGAUUUGCUAAACUGUUGGUCUUGAAUUAAAGAUGAUAUUCCACUCUUACCAUAAGUAUCAAAUUCACAAGUAAAAACGUGUUAAAUAAUUGUGAAAUUUAUAUCUGAAAACGGGUUGCCUUUUUUGUGGGACGCACUGUAAAAAUGAAAUUGACACGUCAUUCCUAAAUCCUUUGAGAUAUAGCUACAUCAUCCUCUUCAUAUCACCAACCUGGGCCUUUUCUUACAAAGAGUUGCAAUUGAUCUGCUCAACCACAACUAUGGAUACAAAUACAUGUUUGUUCCAAAUGUUUUCUAGAUGUAUAACUCCCACAUUCGUCUUUGUGUUGCCAAUUCAGUGCACUUCCUCUUUGUUAACAAAGGACUUUUUGCAAAUUUUCAGGCAUAAAUAUUGACAAUGAUGGAUUACCUCCUAGUUGAGGUUAAUUGGAUGAAACGCAUCUCUAUGAAGGACGGGACCGCGAUGUUGUAUGGUUGCCAUACUGCUGACCUUCCAUCCUACAGACUAUCUUCUUGGUGGGCUAUAUAUGGAAUGUGAUCGCAACUUGCUUGAGUUAACCCCAUCAAAGUUCAAUUACCCACUAAUGAGCGGGUAGAAGUCUUAGAAUAACAAUAAUCCAUUUUAAUUGGGUUGAACUCUCAUGGACAGUAUCAUGGUGAUACUAGGAAUAUAAAAUAUAAUUAUAAAUUUCUAUUUAUUUCUCCUCUUGUAUAUUCUUUUUUUUUUGUAUGUUGAAAUGCAAAUAGAAUUGAUAUACUGAUCGGACUGAAAUGUAUCAGAGUAUCUUUAUGAUUAAUAAAUUUAUGAAAUGUUAUUUUUUUUAUAUCUGAGGUAACAGCAAAGACAAGUAUAAGGGGGAUCCAAGGCAAGGUUAUCACUGGAGUUUAAAGGGGAAGUCUAACCUGAGAUAAGGUUGAUUUUGAAAUUGCUACCAUUUUGAAUUUUAAAAGCAGAAAGAUGAGAGAAACGUACCAAAUGAAAUUUCAAGCAAAAUCCAUCAAAGAAUUACUAAGUGAAUGAAUUUGUAAAAUUUUCAUUUUAUGACAUCCAUGUAAACAGUUCCCCCAUAUGUCAUGUAACAUAGAUUUUUGUUCAUAAAUCACCAUAUUCUAAAAAAUAUGACAAUGAUUUUGCCUGUUCAUUAAUUAUGCAGUCAGAAAAAUUAUCUUGAACAUGCUUCAAAUUGAGAAAUACAAUCAAGAAUAUACAAUUUAUGGGAUUUUAUCCCUAAAUAUUACCCUCUCCACAAUUUUCAACAUGAACAACCUGCUUUCAUAUAUUUUUUAUGUGUUUGAUGGUUCUGUCUAAUUAUUAACUUUACAUACAUGUAACGGUCUCAAACUUUAUGCGUGGCUAGAAAAUGCUGAAAUUCCUACAAAUACCACACCAUUUUUUUAUGCCGGGAAUCGAACCCGGGCCCCCAGCUUUGAACGCCGGUGCCUUAAACACUAGACCACAGAGACGGGUUGGCUAGGGCGACCCCGAUCCGAUAGACCGUCAGAUAGACAGAUUUUCGACACUAUACCAAUUAUAAUUUCUUUUGUCGGGUGUAGGUGGGUUUUGAACAAUGACAAGCCGCCAUGCCUCAGCUGGAUCAAAGCUACAGUGUAUUGCCUUGAUACAGUACACGUAUGGGAGAAAGUAUACAAAUGUGUGAAAUUAUAUAUGUACAACAGCUUUGGAAACUCUUUUCAUUUAAAUUAUUAGUGAAAGAAUUCCCCAGAGCUAUAUUACAUAUGCCACUUAUUUUCAAAAUGAAAUUGAUCAUGAAAUCUUUUCAAUGACUUGCUAUAGGUAUGUCAUCAAAGAUUUUCCUUUUCUUUUUUUUAAUACUUUUAUCUUGCCCAUUUUUGUAACUUUUGAAAAAUGUAACUAUAGAUCGCAAAGUCGAAGCACGGUUACGCAAUUAUAAAUAUUCUGACCUAUAUGUGAUAGUGGGACCUUCUUUGAAUAAUUUAUCUCUGUUUUUUACUUCACAAAGAAAUUUGUUAAUUUGCAGUAAUACUUUAAAUAAAGCACUUCAUGUAGUGAAGUAUGAAAGUAGAAAAUUGGAGAUCGGGUGUAAGGAUAUUGCCCAGUUUGUAAUAGAAGUCCUCAAUAUAAUUUGUUUCCUAAAAGGGCAAGGUACUGUAUUUUAAUGUUUUUUAUUUAGUAUUCAUGUAAUGAUGAUUCUAAGCACCAUUUGAAGACAUUGAAAUUUGUGAGACAUUUCCUAUUUUUUAGCAAGCGCCAUGAGCACCCAGCUGAGGCGGAUACCGACGCUAUAUAAGAACAAUCAUUAAAGGGAUGGUCCGGGCUGAAAAUAUUUAUAUCUUAAUAAAUAGAGUAAAAUUCAGAGCAAAAUGCUGAAAAUUUUAUCAAAAUCGGAUAACAAAUAACGAAGUUAUUGAAUUUUAAAGUUAUCAAUAUUUUGUGAAAACAGUUAUAUGUACAUCAUGAAUAUUCAUUAGGUGGGCGAUGAUGUCACAUCCCCACUUUCCUUUUUCUUAUGUUAUUACAUGAAAUCCUAAUUGUUUCAUUUUUUCAUACAUGUUUAAAUGAUGGGUCUCCAUUUUGAUGAAAUAAGUUACGGCAAUAAAUAACUAAUGCACUUAAUCAGCUGUCAAUCCAAGUGUUUUAGUUCUUGGUAGAAAAAAUUUGAAUAAACCUAAUUUCAUAAAAUAAAAUACAAAAGAACAAGUGAUCUGAUUUUGAUCAAAUUUUCAGCAUUUUGCUUUGUGAAUUUUACUCUUUUAAUUGAGAUGUAAAUAUCUCGAGCCCGGACCAUCCCUUUAAUGGCAUUUUGAUAGGAUAACAUGUAGUUUGAACAGCCAAUAUUUUGGUGUGUUUUUUUUUUAAUAAAUGUUAUGCAGCAUGUUAUUAAGAGUUGGUAUCUUCAGGAUUUGACUUUUCUCUCCAUGUGCAGCAAUGGUCAAAUAGAGGAGAAAACAAUGCUGGAUUAGCAGAAAAGUUUUUAAUAUUCUGCUCAAACAGUACUUUUUAUAUCGUGAUUCAACAUAAAAUACUAGGUAAGUUAUUUUAAUUGAAAGAAUCAUUCCAAUGAGUUAUGAAUGGAGAAUGUUGGCCCUCUUCUUUUCUUUCUUGAAAUUUAUUUUGCCUGAUUGGAGAAGUGUCGAUUAAAUUUAAAUAAGUCACAUUUUACAACUCCUAGAUGUCUUAAAUUCAUAUUUGCAAAAUGAAAUGAGUGUUUAUAAUCCUUCCAUGGAAAUAUAUUAAAAGCUUAGCAAAGUAUUAUUUAAAAUUCAGUAAACUGUUUUAAUUUUCGGUCAUAUCAAAAGGCACUUUACAAAUGAAAUGUAUUAUCAAAUGCAUUAUUGAGGAAAAUAUUUUGUAUUUAGGUUGCCUGUGUUUGGGUAACCUGACACUUGAGUUUAUUGAGAACAUUUUUCAGUCUGUUUUGUGACAACUAAAAUUAAACAAUAUUACUUCAACAAAUUAUAAAAUCAACAGAAUUCUAGUGCAAUGUUUGGUUAUAAAGUUAAUACAAAAGCUCUUCUUUAGUACAGUUCCAACGUUCCAUAAAUGUUCUGCAAAAAAAAGAGAGAAUAUUUGAUUUUUUUUUUAAUAUUGAAAUACGCUAGACUCUGCAUGAGUCAACCUACUAUACAUGGAAAGUCUUUUAACUCGAAGCAUUGUUUCAGACCAGAAUAUGCUAAACAUACGGGUAACAACAUAAAGUCAAAUUUCUCCUCAGUCAAUGAGAUUUAUGUUGUCCAAGAGAUUUGAUGUAGCCAGAGUCGCCUGUAACUAUUGUAUGCUAUGUAUGUACAUGUUCUUUCCAAUAC